UAAAAACGGAACAACUAAGAACUAACUGUAUUUCAUGUUCUACCAAACAUAAAAUGAACUGAUAAUAAGAAAAAAUACACGAACAUUAUUCGUUUAAUAAUUCAUAAUUUAUACUGUAAGUUGCCGGCGCGUCGGCGCCUUAUUGUCAGUAUAAUUGUUAUCGGAUUUAAUUGUUUGUUCGAAUAUCAUUUUCAAACAGACAAGAAGUAUACAAAUAUUUUGUCUACUAUGAGUACGAAUACCAAGAGAACUAUAUACGUAGGCGGUUUAGCCGAAGAAGUGGAUGAAAAAGUAUUACAUGCGGCAUUCAUACCUUUUGGCGAAAUUGUUGACGUACAAAUACCACUAGAUUAUGAGUCAGAAAAACAUAGAGGAUUUGCCUUCAUUGAAUUUGAAAGUGCAGAAGAUGCAGCAGCAGCAAUUGAUAAUAUGAAUGAUUCUGAGCUGUUUGGAAGAACAAUAAGAGUAAACAUUGCAAAACCACAAAAGAUAAAGGAAGGUUCAUCAAAACCUGUCUGGGCUGAUGAUGCAUGGCUGCAAGAGCAUGCAGGCGAAACACUUAAAAGUGAUGAAAAUGCAAAGUCAAACGAUGUAAUACAGUCUAAGAAAGGAAAACAAAAUCCUCAAGUUUAUUUUGAUAUUAGUAUUGGAAAACAAGAAUUAGGUAGAAUUAUUAUGAUGCUAAGAGCUGACAUUGUACCAAAAACUGCUGAAAAUUUUCGUGCCCUUUGUACUCAUGAAAAGGGAUAUGGGUAUCAAGGAAGCACCAUCCAUAGAAUUAUUCCAGAUUUUAUGUGUCAAGGAGGAGACUUCACCAAUCAUAAUGGAACAGGGGGGAAAUCAAUUUAUGGAAAUAAGUUUGAUGAUGAGAAUUUUGAAUUGAAACAUACAGGACCUGGUACUUUAUCAAUGGCAAAUUCUGGACCAAAUACAAAUGGGUCACAAUUCUUCAUAUGUACAGCACGUACAGAUUGGUUAAAUGGAAAACAUGUAGUAUUUGGUCAUGUUCUUAGUGGUUUAGAUGUUUUAAAAAAAAUGGAAAAAUGUGGAACAACAUCAGGCAUUCCUACACAAAAAAUUGUUAUAACAGCAUGUGGUGAAUUAACUUAAAUAAUUCAAAAACAAUUUUAAACUUAUCAUUAUUAAUUUAUAACAAUAACAAUGUAGAUUUUGUAUUGAAGAUAUAAAUUUAUUAG